GAUUGCAUUGUCAGCGGUUUACAUUUUGAUUGCUAGUAUCUUUUAGGACAAAUUGAGAUUAGAAUUUAACAUGAAAUAAAUCAUUGUUCUUUGGGUAGUCACGAAGCAUGUGUUAAUUUAUUCUCCAGUAAUUAGAAGUAGCAUAAAAAUACCAGUGAUUAUAAAGCAUCGAAAUGUCGACCGUCUUAGAAGAGGUCCCAGGCUACCACUUCAGUGCAGGGCGCCUGCUAUCCUAUGCUCUGAUUCUGCUUACCUCUGGGCUGAUUCUGCUGUAUCGCAAACAACAGAAAUCUAAGCUCUACAGAUUAGGCAACAAAAUCCCUGGACCAAUCUCCUUGCCCUUAUUUGGAAAUGCGCUUCUGGCAGUCGGGAAGAAACCAUCAGAAUUAGUAAAAUUAAGUUUAGAAUACGCGGAAAUAUACGGCGACGUGGUUCGCGGUUGGCUCGGCUCGAAGCUGUUAAUCUUCUUGGUAGACCCCGUCGAUGUGGAGGUCAUCCUGAACAGCCAUGUUCAUAUUGACAAGUCUUCGGAAUACAGAUUCUUUAAGCCAUGGCUUGGGGAAGGACUGCUAAUUAGUUCAGGUGCCAAAUGGAGAUCGCACAGAAAAAUAAUUGCGCCUACGUUCCACAUCAACAUCUUGAAAUCUUUCAUGGGGGUUUUCAACCAGAACAGCAAAAAUGUCGUUGAAAAACUGCGAUCUGAAGUUGGAAAAACAUUCGACGUACACGACCACAUGAGCGGAGUCACCGUGGACAUUUUACUUGAAACAGCUAUGGGCAUUACUAGAAAAACUCAAGAUGAAUCGGGCUUUGAUUAUGCUAUGGCAGUGAUGAAGAUGUGUGACAUUGUCCACCAAAGGCAUUAUAAAUUCUGGCUCCGGCUCGACUUCAUUUUUAAACUGACUCCAUUCUUCAAAAAACAGACAAAACUGCUGAACAUUAUACAUGGACUCACAAAUAAAGUGAUAAAGAGUAAAAAGGAAACUUUCUUAGCAAAUAAGGCUAAAGGAAUAGUGUCCCCAACUAUAGAAGAGUUAACUAAAGACGUUAAGAACAACAAACCCAACGAUGAUCCCAAUAAAACGAUAUCUGAUAGUGUAUUCAAGGGUCUUCGUGAUGAUUUGGACUUUAUCGAUGAAAAUGACGUGGGUGAAAAGAAACGUCUUGCUUUCCUGGAUUUGAUGAUAGAAUCCGCUCAGAAUGGCACAAACGUCAUCACGGAUCAUGAGAUCAAAGAAGAAGUAGACACCAUCAUGUUUGAGGGUCACGACACCACUGCAGCUGGAUCCAGUUUCGUCUUAUGCCUUCUGGGGGUCCACCAGGACAUCCAAGCAAAGGUCUACGACGAGCUCUAUGAAAUAUUCGGGGACUCUGACCGUCCUGCCACCUUUGAUGAUACUGUCCACAUGAAGUACUUGGAGAGAGUGAUUCUGGAAACCCUCAGGAUGUACCCACCAGUACCGAUCAUAGCUAGAAAAUUGAAUCAUGACGUUCAGAUCUCUACAAACAAGUACGUGCUUCCAGCUGGCGCCACCGUCGUCAUAGGAACUUACAGGAUUCACAGGAACCCUAAAUAUUAUAAGAACCCCAACGUGUUUAACCCAGACAACUUUUUGCCAGAAAAUACCCAGAACCGACAUUAUUACAGCUACAUACCCUUCAGCGCUGGACCCAGGAGUUGUGUCGGUCGGAAAUACGCUAUGCUGAAGCUCAAGGUUCUCCUAUCUACCAUCCUAAGGAACUACAGGACAAUUUCAGAAGUAUCUGAGGAAGACUUUGUGCUGCAGGGAGACAUAAUCCUGAAGAGGACAGACGGCUUCAGGAUCAAGGUCGAGCCAAGGAAAAGAGUCCCAUCAUCAGCUCAACAAUAAAAUUACAAAUUAUGCUAACAUCUCAAUUAAUUUUAAGCGUGAAGUGUUUGUGUCUGAUUUUACCUAAAUAAAUGAAGGAAACUGAUAUAUUUUUGUAUAAACAUUAAAA